AUCGCUCGUACAUGAGAUUAACAGAAAAGGAAGAUGAAACGUUGCCCAUAGAUAUAGUUCUUCAGACUCUGUUAGCCUUUGCAGUUACCUGCUAUGGGAUAGCACAUAUCGCAGGAGAGUUUAAAGACAUGGAUGCCACUUCAGAACUAAAAAAUAAGACAUUUGACACAUUAAGGAACCAUCCAUCUUUUUAUGUAUUUAAUCAUCGUGGUAGAGUAUUGUUCCAGUCCCCAGACACAGCGAAUUCCUCUUCAAACCAAGAUGCUUUGUCAUCCAGCUCAGCACUGAAAUUCCGGAAGCUGGAACCUCUGCGCCGCUGAGGCUUUCCCAGAUGCUGGUGGUGACCCAGGACACUGAGAUGUAAUAUUCAAGUCGGGGAUGUAAACACUUUUUUUAAUUUCUGGAGCAGUAUUUA